UGGUAUCGACUAUCGAGGAUUUGCUAAAACCCUCGGUUCGGCGGAUUUACGAAUUCACAGGCAACCGGAUUAAGAGCUUGCGCGCGAGCAAGCUCCCGUCGUGAAGCAUUUAAGAGCUUGCCGCUUGUCCUCGCUGCCGGAUCUCCCUCGUUGUAAAGUCUCCUUGCGGCCAGAUCUCCCUUUCUGUUGCAUCUCGUCGCUUCCGGGUUUACAUAGUUGUCGCUUCUUCUUCACCUCGCUGCGGUUUCUCCUCGCGGCGGCUUCUUCCGUUGCUUCUCGUUGCCCCCAAAAGGCACUCUCUCCCACAUAUUCCCACAACCGAAAAGCAAUACAUUAGUUUUCUGAAGUUCUCUUCUCCCAUCUGGAAUCCGCCGUUCUUCUCGGUGCUCACUGUUUGGCUGAUUACAACAAUCUUUGGAUCAUUAGAGGGGAAGUGAAAGGAUAGGGAAUGGAGGUUCAAAAGGAUAAAAUCAAUAUCUCCAAAGAUGAUUUCAUAGCGAGAUUAUUUUGAAAUGCAAGGAAUAAGCUUCUUCUGAAAGAAGAAUGUGAAGAAGAGAGUCAAUUGAAAAUAUGAAAAUAAAGGGCGAGAUUUGAGAAAUCGCUACUUCAUCUAAAGUAUUGGAUAAUUAGUAUUCCUUUUCAGCUCUAGCGAUAAAAACCGAGAAAGAAGGUAAAGUUGUAUUUUCUGAAAUAUUAUUAUUAUAUGUAGUUUUCUUUGUACGAAUCUAAGUGAGGGAUUUUGAACUUUGAUGGGGGCUUUGCCUAAGCAUUCUCCCUUGAAAACUCAUUUGUCAACUACGACUUUGUCUUCUUAGCCCAUCUUUCUUCUUGAUGAAAGUUGAAGUUGGUUCCUCAUUGACAAGAUAAUAAGUCUCAUCAGCUGGUGGAGUAGAAGUCAAUGCUCUGUAUCCAGAAAGUCUUCUUCUCCACACAACAAAAGCAAAAGUUCUUGUUGGCAGCUCCACUCGAGUGGAUCUUCAAAUUCAUUCCUAUGAGUCAUUCUUGCCAUCCUCUAUUCAAAAUUUGCGGCAUAUGGUAGCCUUGCAAUUCUUCUCUAUUGCAUGACACUCAUUGAGUUCUUAGUGAUAUUUAUUUGUUUUAUUUAAUUUUUAGUGUUUUGUGAAUUUGAAUUAAAUGCUUUUAAAUAAUAUACUUUGCUUGUAUUGAACUUUAUUUUAUUGCAUCCCUAAUACUCUGUGUAUGAAUUUGCAGAAGUAUUUCAUUUUUGGUCAUAAUGGCCCAUAAUAAUUCCACCCAAGUAGUUAGCAUUGUCAUAACACUUCACAUGAAAAUCUUGUCUUUAGUUUUUGCUAAACAACCUUCAGCUUUGCUCAUAAACAUAUCUUACAAUAGUUUUAGCCGUAGUUGCUUUAAACCACAAUAGUUUCCUCGCAAUAGUUCCACCAAAUACUUAGUGCUUCUGUUUCAAACUGCCAUGAGAAGAGGCUUUGUACCCUCUCAGCUAUCCAAACUUAAAUUCUCCAAAUCCUUCUCGAGAAAUGUCAUAUUUCCUUUCCACUCAAACCAAUCUACCCCAAGCACUCACCUCAAAUAUUUUACACAUGCAAAAUUCCAUUUUUUUGUCACCCAAAAUCCUAUACAUGUCCAUUACCAACCAUGCCUUUUCCACCGAGCUAUCCAAACAACUCCUGCCCACUUUUCUCAUAUUCUAUCACCUCAGAGCCAACAACCUGACCUUGAAGAUGCCCUCGACUUUUCCAACAACACUGAGGAGCUUUUGAUUACCUUCAAGGCAUUGGAGGCCACUCUUAGUGACAAUGAUCAGAGGCUUGGCUUAACUUGUCUGAAGGUGGGAGAGAUUUUGCUCUCAAAAGGGUCCAAGGAGUUAGAGAAGGCCCUGAGCUUUGUCAUUAGGGCUUUGGAGAUAUUGGGAAGAAAUGAUCGGGGAGGAUCUAUUCCAUUGGUGAAAGCUUUGCGCCUUGUUGGCUCAAUAAGCUGCAAGAUGAAGAGAUUUGAUGAGAGCUUGGAGUCUUUGGAAACUGCAUGCCAAAUUCUGGAUAGCUUGGAAGAAGAAGGAUUUAGUGGUAAAGAGUUUGAUUCUGAGAAAAUUUCUAUUCAACUUGAGCUUGCAAACACGAAGAAUGCAAUGGGUCGGAGGUGGGAUGCUUUGAUUAAUCUCCGAAGGUCUUUGCAGAUGCGCCUGUUGGUUCUAGAGCCUGAUAGUCUGUUGUUAGCUUCAGCCUGUAAAGAUGUGGCUGAGGCAUAUACUGGGGUUUUGGAGUUUGGUGAGGCACGACCGUUGUGCUUGAAGGCAUUGGGGAUCUUUGAGGCAAAAAUAGGCAAGAAUUGUGAGGAAGUUGUUAAGAUUAGGCAGCUUCUGGGGGCCAUUCAUGUUGGGCUCGGGGAAAAUGAAGAAGCUUUGGUGCAGAAUGAGCUGUGUCAACGGAUCUUGUUGAGUUUGAAUCUGGAAACUGAGCUUCUCAACAUGGAGAUUGAAGCAGCUAACAUAAAGGUUAACCUUGGUAGAUUAGGUGAGGCAAUGAGUACUCUCAAGGGGGUGAUUCAAAAGGUGGGAAAAGAGAGUGAGACCAGAGCUUUUGCUUUUGUAUCUAUGGCAAAAGCUUUGUUCUUUCAAGAGAGGUUUGGAGACUCAAAAGGUUGUUUGGAUAUGUCUUGUGAUAUCCUGAAUAAGAUGGAUUCAUCAUCCGAAAAAGUUGCUGAGGCAUUAUUGGAGAUUUCUAUGUUGUAUGAGAUGAUGAAUGAGUUUGAGACUGCUUUAUCUCUAAUGAAGAGAACACUUGCAUUGCUUGAAAAAUUUCCACAAGAGCAAUACCUGAUGGGGAGCAUUUUUUCAAGGAUAGGUUGGCUGCUUCUCUUGACAGGUAGAGUCCAGCAUGCUGUACCAUCUUUGGAGAGUGCGAUAACCAAGCUGAAGAAUAGCUUUGGGCCAAAGCAUUUUGGCUUGGGAUUUGCUUAUAAACAUUUAGGGCAGGCAUAUUUGGAGACGGACAAGGUUCAGUCAGCCAUACAGAUGCUUUUACUGGCUAAGGACAUCUUGGAAGCCUCUUUUGGGCCACAGCAUGAGGAUUCCAUUGAUACUUGUCAGUACAUUGCUAAUGCAUAUGGAGUUUCGCGAAGUUAUGGACUUGCAAUGGAGUUCCAACAAGAAGUUAUAAAUAGAUGGGAAGCACUGGGGCCUGAUGCUAAAAAUGAGUUGAGAGAAGCAUCCCGGCUUCUUCAACAGCUGAAGAAAAAGGCUGAGGGUUCACUUUCAGCUGUAUUUCCUGCUAAUAACUUGCCACAACACCUACAAAAGUCAUGUUUUUAGUUCCUAUCAACAUAGCUUGAUUUGAAAGUUUUCUUUUUGGUUUGACUCCAUAGUCAUGAAGUACUUUUCAUGACUGAAGCAUCGUAACAUGAAUGAUAAGCUCGAGACCACCAUCAAUGAGGAUUUGCAAGUCUGUAAUGGGUGUGCUACUAAUAAAGGUGUGAAAGCCUUCUCCUUUGGGGCUUCCAUCCUCUCAUUUCUCGAGCAAUUCACUGUCUCUAGCCAAACAAUAAUUAGUUCCUAUUCUAUGUCGUCUUUUCUACUUUCUUUGCAUCUAUAUUUAUCUGUAGAUGGUGAGUGUUUGUUGUUUUUUAAACUAUUGCAAUUAUUCAUAUUUGAUGAUAAA